UUAAUUCAACUUUUUUAAAUGUCGUGUAGCCAACGCUUAUGUCAGCCAAGACUACCGGCCGCCGUCGGCGUUGAUGCUUUUAGUAACAAGCUGCUUCAUUAACUUUGAUAAUUUGACUCUUUAAAAAAAAAAAUAAAUUCCCAUUAAUUGUCUCGUUUUGACAGGUGCUAUUUUUGUCUCGGAUCCAGUUUCGCCUAACGCGGAGUCGCGCAUUAUCUCAUCGUUUGUGUUGCAAGCAUUAACAACAAACAGUACAUGUUGUGUACUAUUUGUUCCAAAUGUUAAUUGUUCAAACACGAAAGUUUUUUUUUUAGUUUUAAAUAUGUAAAUUGGUCGCUUGUUUUUCACGCAACCAUUCUGUCAGGAAGAGACUGCGUGUGUCACAAGUGAUGGCUCGUUCUCAGCUCAUCGGCGAUCAGGCGCUUCCACCCGUGAACGUUUUUGGACAUUUAUAAAUCGGAAACUUUAAUGUUCCUCGUCAUAAACGUCAGUCAGUCACCAAUGAGCGGACAGUGUCUGUCGGGAUCUGCCGAGCACUUCCUGCCAUGUGGAUCCUCACCUGUUUGCGUCGUCCGUCAAGUUGAUUGCAUAAUGUUUCUUCUUCGUUUUUCUUUAGUUUUCAUACGUCUCUUUUUUACAAAAUUUAAAUUAAUCUAAAACAACAAUGAUGAAUGCGUUUAAUGUUGCUCAGAAAGUUGACUUUUUGUCCAUUUUUCCGUUCUUGGCACCUUCAGGAGCCCCGUAUCUUUUUUCACUUCCCUUUCAUAGAGGCCCAGCUUUACCGUGACUUUGUUCGGUGGCAGGGUGUGUCACUGGGAGCGCUUGGGGUUCGGUAGCAAACACGUGACUGGUUCUGGUUGAGCGCUGCCUGGUUUACGUUCCUCCUUUUGGGGAUUUGCAUUGCCGGUCACGUGCUUCAUAUUGUUUUACGGAGGGCAUCUUCCUGAGCGUCUCACCUUUUGAAGCUGCCCUUGCACAGCCUGCAGGAGGCUCCACAUUUGACCCAUGAAUCUCAACUGCAUCUGUGUGGACCAGGAAGGAUGACUAAAGUUACACUGCAUUUUCCAGCAAUGGGAUAUAUUCAGAAGACCAGGAAUAUUUUGAAAGUUAUAAUAGCUGUUCCCCUCGUGCUCUGUAUUUACUUUUUGUCAUUUCCAUCCGUGAGGUUUUUCAUAGGCUUCAUACCUAUGGAGAAAUGUCAUUUGGAAAGUGGAUACAUGCUGGUUCUGGACAACCGUGUGGACGCGACACUCAACCUCCUGUCCAGGAACGACGUGCAGACGUGCACCGCGUGGAAGGCUCCUAUUAUAUGGGAGGGGAUGUUUGACCCCAGGGUGUACGAUAAGACGCACCAGGAGGAAGGAUCAAGAGUGGCUCUGACGGUGUUUGCCGUGGGCAGGUACCUGGAGGCCUACCUCGAGACCUUCCUCAGCUCAGCAGAACGUUACUUCAUGAAGGGUUUGCCGGUGACGUAUUACGUGUUCACGGACAGUCCAGAAAAGGUGCCGAAGUUCAAUCUGGCUCCUCAGCGAAGCAUGAAGGUGAACAAGGUGCCCAAGCACUCCAGGUGGCAGGACAUCUCCAUGAUGCGGAUGAAGACCAUAUCGGACUUCAUAGAGUCGGACAUUCGGCGCGGCCACUCGCACGUCUUCUGCUUCGACGUGGAUCAGGUGUUCACGGGGCGCUUCGGCUCCGAAGCCCUGGGGGAUCUGGUGGCUCUGCUCCACGCGUACUUCUACCGCCUUCCCAAGAACUUCUACACCUACGACCAGAACCCUUUGUCCAAAGCGUACAUGGAGAGCGGGGAUUACUACUACCACGCUGCCAUUUUUGGAGGAUCGUGUGACAGCGUCAAGGCGCUGACUGACGCGUGCUACCAGAACAUCAUGGCUGAUAAGGAGAACAACGUGGAGGCGCUGUGGCACGACGAGAGUCAUCUCAACAAGUACUUCCUGUUUCACAAGCCCACCAGGGUGCUUUCCCCCGAAUACUGCUGGGACACAGCCAUCGGCUACAGGAGGGACAUAAAGGUCAGCCGGCUACUGUGGGCGCCAAAACAGUACGAAAAACUCCGAACCUAGAGUGUUUGUAUUGUUUAAGUAAAAAAACGUUACUAUGCUUUGGUAAUAAUGAAGACAGUUUUGGUCCUAGUAUAUGCACAUGCUUGUCUGGCAUCAUGCUGUGUGUGUGUACGAUGAUUAAAUAUAUGCAUACUGUAUAUGUGAUGUACUGGUAAAAGAACGGCAUCAUUGUGAACACACAGAAUAGAAAAAAUCCUGCUAGUAUUUGUUGCAUCGUUUACAUGUAUUUAUUUAUUGCUCGUGAGCAAAUCUGCAUUUGAGCCUUAAAUUAAUCAUGAAAUCAUAUGCAUCAAUAAAAUGUAGACAGGAAAUAUGAACUCUUCCCCGGGUCAAAAGCUUAAACGUAACUUCUAGGGUGACGGGGCCCAGUAGGUUUAUUAGGGUUAAUGUUUGUUUGCUUCUCCUACUGUGAAAAACGUGUUCCGUCCACAGUACUGGGCUGUGAACCGAAGCAGCAGCUGUCACUGAAACAUUUGCAGUUUCAGCCUGAACCAGUUUAACCAUCAGAAGUUGUGCGUAACAGGUUAAACAAACAUUGAGCCAUAACAAAAUAAAACCUCCCCAAAUUCUGUGAGGAAAAAUAGAGCAAAGAUUAUCACGGUCAUUACUCGUUUGUUUGGUUGAUAAGAUGUUCAGUUUCCUUCUGUCAAUUGUUUGUAAAGAAUCCUUGAAAACUGAAGACAGUAUUUUUUGUGUGUUUAGACCUGAUUUGAUGAUUGUUUUUUAUGUGACUGUAUUAAACUUAUUAAUUGGU